AGCAUCAAAACAUCAGGGCAAAGGAAAAUAUUUAACAAGGAUGGGAUAUAUGGAUGGUGCUGACACACAGAUUCCUGCGCUGCCAAAAGUAGAUUUGAGCGGAUUAGACAUGAAAGGUUUUGACGAAAAGAUUUGGACGACAGCUCGAUUAAAGAUUGCAGAAGCUCUAGAAACUUAUGGCGGCUUUGAAGUUAUUUACAGUGAGGUUAGUUCUGAGCUACGAAAUAAGCUGCUUGGAUUGGUGGUGCCGGAGAUGUUCAACAGGCCGGCUGUGAACAAACUUACUGACGCCCAAAAGCUGCCUUAUCAUGGCGCAUGGUUCUCCAAGUUAGGGUUUCCUUUCUCAGCUCUUCAGUUGACCGAUCCCAAUUCUAAAGUUAAUGUCCAAGAAUAUGCUGAUAUUAUUUGGCCCAAAGGAAAUGACUUUUUCAGGUAUGAACUUCUCAUAUUCUUUUAUAGUAACACAGUGUUGAACUAUGCAAAGCAUAUGCAUGAGCUCAUAAAUAUGAUCCAUCGGAUGAUCCUUGAGGGCUUGGGCUUGGAGGAUCACUAUGAUUCACAUAUGAAAUCAUUGGCAUACUCGAUAAGAUUUUCAAAUUAUUAUAAGAACGAGUUCGAUAAUGGAACCAAUCUUGCUUUGCCUUCCCACAAAGAUCCAAACUUUGUAAGCAUAAUUUGCCCGCACGGUGUGGAAGGACUUGAAGUAGAGGCUGCUGGUGCUACAGGUGGUGAAUGGAUACGAACAACGAACAUGACAAAUUCAUUCAUUGUUCUAGUGGGCGAAGCAUUUAAGGCAUGGAGUAAUGGAAGGCUUCAUGCUCCAAAUCAUCGAGUAAAACUAAAAAAUGAGACCGAAAGACGAUAUGCAGUGAUUUUUAGCACAUUACCGAGCAUCACAAAUGAUACAGUAAAUGCUCCGGAAGAAUUGAUUGACGAACAACAUCCUUUGCUUUUCAAGGCUUUUAAGUAUUAUGAUUAUGUGAAGUUUCGUUUUUCAGAGGAAGGAGAGAAAGCUGAUGAUGCCCUAAAAGCUUACUGUGGUGCUUAGUUAAUAAGUAUUCAGUAU